AUGGCCGAAUCCUCGAAACGCUCAAAACUCAUCGAUGUGACGUAUAAGCAGCUCCACCAGCUGUAUACGGGCACUGGCCAGGAGAGCUUGACGGCCGAGCAGGCCGAGGAAUUGCUCGAACAUCGCAUACCCGCGCUCUCGAGCCUGCGCCGGCCGUUCGGGAAGCCAAACGCCGAGUCACGCAAGAAACUGGAGAGUGGCGCAUUCACUCUGCGAGACGGCGUCCGCGUUCAGGCCGACGCGCUUGCCAAGUCGUCCGCGCUAGCCAUCAGCGGCCGCUUCGACAUCGACGAGAUAGAGGCUUACGUCCUCUUUCGCUCUUAUGUCUACAAUGAGGCACUGCCCGGAGACCUCGCCCAAGACAACGCAACCCUCUUCCUGGACCAAUUCGCACCCUUCUUCCAUUCCGAACGUCGCUGUCUCCAUCGACUUUACGUCCCCUUCUUGCGCGUUUUAGAGGACGACCAACUGAUGCUGUACGAAACGGCCAUGAAGUUCAUACCGCUCAUGAUUCCGGACGGACCUGCGUUCGUUCAGGAUCUCGUGGCCUUCUCUGCCGACAAGGCGCAAGCGCCAAUACCGGACAAUAUGUCCACAGAUCCCCGGAGGGCAUCAACUUGGGCCAAGGAGAAUGUGCGAGAUCAGCUGGUGCUCCUUGAAGUGCUCUUCUGGGCCAUGUGGGAGUUUGUCCCUCGCCGAGGCGCCCUCGUCGUUCAGAUAUACGAAACGGCGUAUAGCACCGCUCUGGGCUCAUUGCAACAAAACUCGACACUUCUUCUCGACGGAGAAAGCCUGCGCUUGCUUGAAGACUGCGCUUCUAUGUGGCUGCUCAUCAUGCUCGAAGUCCUGGAGGUUGAGGCGUUCCUGGAGGGUCGUGUCCCUACCAUUCAUACGGCGACCUCGGAGACAGAGCUCUACAUUUCAUCCCCCGACUCCCUGAAGACCAUCCACGAACUCGUCAUCUCGCAUGGCGACAGCCAGUAUGUUCCUGUGUGCGUUGCAUGGGCGGUCAUCCUGGGUUACUUGGAGAAUUCGGCACGCGCAAUGGACGAGAUUCCAGUACCGUACAAGCCGUUCUUCGACGUGCUAGAUCCUCGCACCUCGAGAGGGUACUCGAAGAGCGCGGAGCCCGUGCAUAGCUUCAUUCUGCAACGAUGUCUGGACCCCAGCGCCAACUUCCUCCCUACGCUCAUGGCGCUCUUGACCCAAACGCCGCUCUUCGCCACCUCCAUCUCGCUGGAUACGGAUUCCGCCAUUACGCACGCGAAUGCGAUAGCAUAUCGGGCUAUCAUCAAGGGCGUCCUCAUUGGCUUGUCCGAAGCGAUGCCAGUCGAGCUGAUACCGGAUUUCGACACGCUCGUUGAAGUUUGGGUCGCAUUAUUCGGGCGCGGAGAAGCACAUUCAGUCGUGGGUAUAUGCCUCCAGUUUUGGCAGCAUGACUUCCGACAAGGUGCCGCACGCCGUGCCAUCCUGGACGCCGCACGAGCGCGCUUUCCUGUGCAGUUUCAGCCGCUGAUUAGAUUACUGCACGCUUUGAGCGGGGCAGGGUUCCCAAGCUGGGAUCCAUUGGCCACUGUCGACGCUUCUACCGGACCUGGCAUGUAUGAAACGCAAAGAGCGGAAUGUGCAGACUACGUCGCCCACUAUUUCGACACGCUACCGUCUUUCACACAAGUCAUACCUGUGGGCUCAUGCCAGGGGCAACAUCCUCUAUACGAACGCACGCAGGAGAAGUCCGGCCCCGGUGGAUCACCCACACCCAUCUACACCAAUACGCGACCGAUCCAGUUACCUGGCGGGAGCGUUUUACCGACACGUUCGCGUGGGCGGCUGUUGAGCUCUGACGGGGAGGAAUUCAUCAUCGUGGCAUGGCAACACGAGCACUCCGGCUGGCGUUUACUGCUGGACAUCCUGACGGACUAUAAUCGCCGUCGGCACCUCAUCCCAUCUCGCGUCUCCGCCCCCCCUUCAGUGCCACUCUUCCAACCCCGAGGCGAGAUCCCCACGAUGCUCGAGCUCAGUGAUGUUGGAAUCGAGGUUGAUGCGGACGGCGAUCCGGUCUUCGUCACGGAGGCGCUCAGUUUGCUGAGUGGGAUCUUGUCCGACAGUCAGUCGCGGGAAGCAGUUAUGGACACUGUCGAGGACCCAGACGGAGUCAGUCCUGGCUUACCCGGUCUGACAGAGCAAACUAUGCUCAUCCUUGGAGACGCGUUGUCGCUCGCCGCAGCACAACCACGCUCAAAGCCCGAGGCGGCUCUCAUUUCCGCUUGCCUUGGGAUGUUGUCUGUGCUUCUCACAUCUGUGAAGUACGCGCAUCUCGUGUGGUUGAUCAUUCGCGCGACGCCUGCUCUUUUCGAGACCAACCGCCGUACAGCGAGUGCGUCUGCAGUGUUGGCAGCCGAUCGAGCUGUGGGCUCAUACGCGACGACAUAUGCACUGUUGCGCUUCGUGUAUGCGCUCUAUAGCGAGGCUUCGGAGACAGUGUUGGUUCCAGAGAGGGAGAAACUUCAGGCGGUGAAGGUGGAGGUUCUGUUGCGUGCGCUAAGCUUCGUGCACACCGAGAUCUGGGUCGAGCAUGGUGGAUGGAAGUACCGGCGUCUGAGCGAGCGAUUCGAAGUCGGCAUGCUUGUCUCCAUCCUGUACGGCGAUAUUCUGGCGCAGAACACCCCGGGAGAUAGUGGCCCAUUAUCUGCGCUUAGCCAGGCCGUAUUCGAUGCACUUGUCCUCCAGGCGACGUCAGGGAGCAUUGCGCCACUUGUCAGCGUGCUCACCACCUUCCCAGCUGUCAAUCGCCGUAUCCAGGCGUCACCGCACAGAAUUGACCUUCGCGCUCUAUAUGGGCUACUGCGUGCGCACCUGCGGGUAUUGCGUCUCUGUCUGACGCACAAGCAGCGUCUAUUCGCGGAAGCUGGCACCUGUCUUCUUGAGAACGCACUUUGCACGCGCGCAGGGGCCAAUGGGUUUGGAGGCAAAGCGGCGCAAGUGGCUCCUCUGGAUGCUCUCGCGAGCAUCUCCGAAGACCCAUCCGUCGAUCCAGUCGUCCCACUCGAAGCGAUACGGGUCUUUAGCGCACUCUGUGCCUCACUUGCAACGACCCAGCCUUCCGCUCCGACUAUACUCGGACAUCUCUCCGAUCCCGAACUGAUCGUAUCAAACAUGGCGCGCACCGCUCAGGACCCCUACAUCGAAGAGGAUAUCCGCGUCGCCAUCUGGCGCUUCAUGGCCCUUGCGGUAGAGAAAGAACCCGCAUUGGGGAAUCUCUUCAUUGCUGGUCGACUUCGGACAGCAGAGAAUGGCGACACCGGUCCGAAAAGCAGGCCGAACGGGAAUGCGGCCCUCGUGCAGAAGCGGACGAACGCACUCGAGGGCGCUCGCAUAUCGGUGCAGACUUGGCAACAUCUUCUCGAGCAGAAUCCCAAGCUGCUUGUCAGCACACUCGGCUUCUUGUGCGCGGUAUGGGCGCGGGGAGAGGAGCAUAUGUCGGCGCUGGAGGCCUUUAGAAGGGAUAGAGAGGUUUGGGACGGUAUUGCGGGCAUCAUCAAGCAGGAUCUUCCACCCCCGCCCGACUAUCAUAGCAUUGAGGCUGCGCCCGACUCCACUGUUCCCCCACGUUCAGCAUCGCACGACGCGGUCGCCGCCCACUCUGCCGUCCUACUCGCAAAGGCGUAUGCUGUGCGCAUCCUUGCCCUUGAUCUUGCACUGGGAAAAUUGGACUUCAAGACUGGGACGACGCGGGAAAAACCUCAAAGCUUUCUGGCCCUGGAACCAUUAUUCAAGUCCGGCGAGCAGCUGAACGACCAUCUCCACGAGGCUAUUGCUAACGCAUACGAUCCCGAUCUGUUUGACGACAUCGCACUUCGGGUUCGAGAGCAGUUCACCGAACUCGUCGUGGAGCGCCUCGAGUCUACGUUACUCCCAGCCGACCGCGACUUCGGCGACGACUUUGCCUUCGAUAUGGGUUUGCUACACAUGCGGAUGCGACCGUUCCUGCUCUUGGAGAAUGAAGAGGGAGGACCUGCCGAGGAGAUCAUCCAUGCACUUUUCUCUGUCAAUCUGAACCUUUCGUUAUCGCAUGCAGGACGCGAGCUUGGCAGUUCCUGGUGGGCAUUGUUGGCCGAGGUCGUUCCAUUCCUGCGAGGAGAUUCCGCAUCACGCUCUCAGAUGCUCCCUCUUGCGGCAGCGCUUUCCGAGGGCAUUGCAGCGGAGCAGCGCGGCGGGGAGUUCAUGGCUGCGGUUCACGAAGUACGAUUGUCUGUCUUGCUGGCUGUGCUUGAACUUGUGUGGUUUUCGCAGACGGAUGCAAAAAAGGACGUCGAAACAUUCGUCAGACUCCUCGCCUCUCUCCGCAUCAUCAUCAACAGCGAAUCACACCCGCCUCUGCACUCGGUCAGAGGGUCCGUCAAGACACCUUUCCAUCGCACGCUCCUACAAAUCGUCUACUUUUGCGUCCGCCAAAGCCGGAAUGUAUUCGAGCGCAAGGAUGUCACCACUUCAUCCGACCGACUGUCCAUCUCAGCCCUCGUUGACACAGCACAAGUCUUUACCAUCGAGGCUCUUCGCGCUAUCGUCGAUGCCGCUCGGGAGAAGCUCGAUGCCGAGAUUGAUGCCGACAUGGAAGUACUCAUCGCGCUCUUCCGCGAAUGCACUCGCCCCGAAUUGACACUUUCAAGCAAAAUGUGGCUUCAACGGUGUACUGAGACGGAUGUCAUCCGCGCAACACUAGAGCUCUUCACGCAGGUCGAUCUCACCGGCCUGACAAACCUCGUGUUUUCCCGCCGUGGGGAACCUCUGUAUGCGGCGCAUCUCCUAACUUUCCACACCGCCUUGGCAAAUGUACAUGCUGGUGCGGAACGCCUGGCGUCUGAAGGCGUCCUCGUUGCAUAUGCGAGCGCACGUUUGGCAGAUCCUAUUGAGGAGACUCUUCCCGAGUUUCCGGGAGAGCGCAACCCCGCGCACGUCGCGUACUGCACCAUGCUCGGAAUUGUCUCUGGUGUCGUAGCCUCCCUGGGCAUGCAGAGGCACUUCUUCGACAUCGACGCGCAAGGCUUUGUUCGUCUUCACGGGUCGCAGAUAUCCCGCACACUCAGCUGGGUUGCAGGCGAUCCUCUCAGUCUGCCGAUGAUCGAGGAGAUGGAACGCACGGUGAAUGUGUUUUACGCGUUGGCCGCGAACUCCGCGAGGUCUACAACGACACGCGACUCCGAAGACGGCGGGAUGCUUGCUGUGUUCAGUUCUAGCGCCCUCUUACUUCUGCAGCAGCUCAACUACGCGCUUACCCACCCGAACCACCUCGCCGCGAUCCUUGAGCCUGUGACCGUUGACGAAAAAGCGGCUUUAGAGCGUGACCAGCAAGAGCCCACUGCUACGGGCGGGGCCUUGGUCGACCCUGUCAAGCGGCCGUUCCUCGCGCGUGUCGUGCACCGACUAUUCGCACUCACGAGUAACAUUCUCGGAACGCUCGUCACGAUAAGUCACGCGGAGGAUGUCCUACACGCGGAAGCAGAUGAUAUUCCCGUUCAACAUGCCCUGGUGAUGCCUCAUUCGAAGGUCCUUCUGGGUGAGCCCGCGUCCAUGGGGACCCUAUUGGAGCUUGCAGGAAACUGUCUUGACGUCUUGGUUCAACUAUCAUCAAGGCACCCCGGACAAGCAUUGGCACCAGCAUCGGCGAUCUCACCCACAAGCCGUACCGCAGAUCGGCCUUUGGAUGUCAGUGUCGCCAAGAAGACUGUGCGUCGUACGCUCGAGAGCAUUUUAUUUUAUGGCACGACACAACUAGGGCUGUGGCUCGUGCGGCCGGAUGCCUUGGAGAGCGCGGGUGAUACAGAUAUGGAUGAUGGUGAAGGCGCAGGGCGUAAACUGGACGAGCGGGUGCGACGUGGGAUGGUUAGUGACAUGGGAGGGGAGCUAAAAAGUGUCUUGGAGAAAGCGAGGGAGGUACUUGCGAGAGAUCCGGGGGGGAUCAAGGAGAACGAGGCAGACAUCUCAGAGGUGCUCCUACGAUUCCUCUCUGCGCGUGUUAUCCGCACGUCGUCGUGA